AUGCAGUUUGUAUUGGAGGCGUCUUCACUCGAAGUCAUAAGACGCGUCUCUGCCUAGAUCAUCUGUUCUCAUGAACAGUAAGAAGCAACCUACACAGUUUGUACACUAUCCAUUGUCUCCGUUGACUCCGGCAUGUUUUCUUCCGCUACGUAACACAGCUUUCGAUUCAGAACGCCUUACCUCUAUAAAGCUGGCUAGGGAGCAUCCUGCAUCAAAUAUCAAGCACCCGAAAUCCACUCAAUGCAACACACUUUCCUCACCAUCCUUUCUCUCCUUGCCACAGCCAGCGUGUGCGCAGGAGAGCCAGACCAGGUUCCUCUCCAAGAUGGCGCCCUCGGCGACGUCAAAGUGGUGGCGACGCCCGUGGUCGACGACUUCAACACGCCCACCAAGGCUAGUGAACAAGUUCUAGUCACAACUACGCCCUCGCCCUCCUUCUACUAUGGAUUCACUCAGUGUAAUUGUGAUGGCGACAUAUAUCGCAGGGGAGACCUCAACUUUGUCAUCAUAAACGGAGCGAUGGCCACCCCCAUCCCUAUUAUAUACACGAAUGAUCCUAACGGGUAUGCUCCCCGUACCCCGCACCUCUUUGCCGACAGUGAGAAUCAAUUCGAGGGAAAGUGGAAGAACGUAGCAUGCAGCAGGACUGGCGCUAAUGGCAAGACUAAUCUCGUCGAAUAUGCUAUCAACAACGUAGCUGGCACGAACGGGUACAAGUUUGAUCGUGUUGUGUACACAACUUGGAACGUCGGCAAGGACCAGCCUAUAUUCUGUGGGUGUAUGACCCAUAAGGGCUUGACGGGUAACAAAUUCAAGUUGUGUACGAUGUCCUAGACCCCGUUCGGCUGGAAGAUACCUCGAAACUUGUAUGAGUUUACAUGCCGAAUCUGAACCUACCUUCCGGUAGCAGAACAUUCGAAUUCACCAAAAAAUGUAAUAGAUAGUAUACAGAGACAGAAAAGAAUGAGAACGAUGGUGCGACACGAAGAAAGUCGUGAAAGUAAAAUAUUCGAGGCCAUUUACUAAUGUGACAUAUCCCGACCGUUCAUGCCUCCUGAGAGCUACAUCGACAGUAAUAAUGGCCGCUUGCAGCUCCUCAUGAUGAACCCUCGUCCUUCAGUGUGAUGGUUAUCGAUCCCUUUCCUGGCAAUACUGUUUCUCGUC